CCCAAAAGGGAAAUGACGCCGGUGCAGAAAAUGGCGUCCGCAGAGCCUGUGGUCCGCUGUGGCUUUUUACCCGUUUAAUUUAGCUCCGUGUGGGGGGUCUGUGCGAUUGGCAGAUGGACGCUGAUGCCAACAUGGCAGUGCAACGCUGCCACCCGCUUUCUUGAUCUCGGAAUCGAACUCGCAACUUGAUGUCCGACGGAGCCAGAGCUGGCUGGCCGAAGAGGGGUUGUGGAGAUUCGCACCGCCGAGAACCAGGCAAGCACAAACACAGGAAAUGCGAGCGGCCCCUUAGCGCUCAGCCGUCGAAGCCUGUGAUUGUUCGCCCGGGCUCCAAAAGGUGUGUUAUGUCGGGGGCGGAUGUGGAGGUGUACCUGUCUCAGGUGCACGAUGGGAGCGUGUCGUCGGGCUUCAGGGCGCUGUACGAGGAGCGUCUGCUGCUGGACGUCACGCUAUUGAUCGAGGAGCACCACUUCCAGGCCCACAAGGCGCUGCUGGCCACCCAGAGCGACUACUUCCGGGUCAUGUUCACGGCAGACAUGAGGGAGCGGGACCAGGACAAGAUCCACAUGAAGGGGCUGACGGCUGCUGGGUUCGGCCACAUUCUCCGCUUCAUGUACUACGGCUCGCUGGAGCUCAGCAUGCCCACGGUGCAGGAGAUCCUGCAGGCGGCCAUGUACGUCCAGCUGACGGAGGCGGUGGAGUUCUGCUGCUCCUUCCUGCUGGCUAAGAUCUGCCUUGAGAACUGCGCCGAGGUCAUGCGUCUCCUGGAGGACUUCAGCGUGGGCGUGGAGGGCGUCCAGGAGCAGCUCGACAACUUCCUGCUCGAAAACUUUGUCCCACUCAUGAGCCGACCCGACUUCCUGUCCUACCUCAGCCUCGAGAGACUGCAGGCGUACUUGAACAGCGACGCUCUGAGUCGCUUCCCAGAAAUCGAGCUGUACGAAGCAGUGCAGGCGUGGCUGCGGCACGACCGGCGGCGCUGGAGGCACACGGACACCAUCGUGCAGUCCAUCCGCUUCUGUCUCAUGACCCCGGCCAACAUCUUUGAGAAGGUGAAGACGUCGGAGUUCUACCGUUACUCCAGGCAGCUGCGGCAGGAGGUCGAUCAGGCUCUCAGCUACUUUCAUGAUGUCAACCAGCAGCCUCUGGUGGAGACGCGCUCCAACCGCAUCCGCUCCGUCCGCCCGCAGACGGCCGUGUUCAGGGGAAUGAUUGGCCACAGCAUGGUCAACAGCAAGAUCCUCCUGCUGCAGCGUCCAAAGGUGUGGUGGGAGCUGGAGGGACCUCAGGUGCCGCUGCGACCCGACUGCCUGGCCAUCGUCAACAACUUCGCCUUCCUGCUGGGCGGAGAGGAGCUGGGGCCCGACGGUGAAUUUCACGCCUCCUCUAAAGUGUACCGCUACGACCCUCGACAGAACUCGUGGCUACGCAUGGCGGACAUGUCUGUGCCCAGGUCAGAGUUCGCCGUGGGCGUCAUUGGAAAGUUUAUUUAUGCCGUGGCGGGCCGCACGCGAGACGAGACCUUCUACUCCACGGAGCGAUACGACAUCACAGAGGACCGCUGGGAGUUUGUGGACCCGUACCCCGUCAACAAGUACGGCCACGAGGGAACCGUCCUGAACGGGAAACUGUACAUCACGGGCGGCAUCACCUCCUCCUCCACCUCCAAACAGGUGUGCGUGUUCGAUCCGGGCCGGGAAGCAGGAGGUGGGGGCGGAGGGGGGAGCGCGGGCGGGUCGGACUCACACAGGACACGCGCUGGCCGCGGCCCGCUGCUGCCCGGCACCCACGCCAGCUGCUGGGAGAACAAAUCUAAAAUGAACUACGCCCGCUGCUUCCACAAGAUGAUCUCUCACAACGGGAAGCUGUACGUGUUCGGAGGCGUGUGCGUGAUCCUGCGGGCGUCCUUCGAGUCGCAGGGCUGCCCGUCCACGGAGGUGUACAACCCAGAGACUGACGAGUGGACCAUCCUCGCCUCCAUGCCCAUCGGGCGCAGCGGUCACGGGGUGGCGGUGCUGGACAGGCAGAUCAUGGUGCUGGGCGGUCUGUGUUACAACGGCCAUUACAGUGACUCCAUCCUCACAUUCGACCCUGAGGAAAACAAGUGGAAGGAGGACGAGUAUCCCAGGAUGCCUUGCAAACUGGACGGUCUGCAGGUGUGCAGUCUGCACUUCCCAGAGUACGUGCUAGAGCAUGUGAGACGCUGCAGCUGAGGUCUGCUCCACCGCACGCCUCCUUUUAUAGAAACGCACCGUCACGGACUGAAGUUUCCUGCUGAGGGGAGGGGGGGGCGGGAUCAGGUGUUUACAGGUGGGAGACUACAGGCUUUUAAACUGGAGACCAGCACUUACCUUAAGGUGAGGAAAAUGGCUGGGGCCAUAGCGUUGCUCUUCCUAAACGAAGGAAGCAGCAGUCAAAGCGUGGCGCGUGAGACGCCACCCGUGAACAUUUUUAGCUUUCUCAGAAAAUACAGGAAAAAGUAAUCGUUUGGAGGAAAGAAAAAUGGUUUCAUUCUGCCGCUUUAUGUUCGGACUAUGGUCAGCUUCCUGUUCUACUUCUCACCUUCUGUAUUUAGGCGCUCCGGUCAGGCUUACCGCAGAAACGCACUGGAAGCGCCCGAUUCUGAUGCACCAGUCGAACAGACCUGCACCACAAAUCCUACUUGAAUUAGGUUCAUUUCUUUUGAAGCCAUCUGUUAGUGAGUGAUUAUAUCAAACACUGGAAAAUGCCCAAUAAAUAUAUAACAACAAACAUACAGUCGGGUAUAGAAACAAGAUGUAACACUGUAUACACUGUAGUGUAGUCAUUUUAGAGCCUCUCCAAAUAUACAACUGUCGACGCUUUAACCUGCUAACGGCUAUCAGCUGUUAUGAAUUCGCUUCCAGUGCGUUCCAGCUUUCAGUCCUAAUUCAGCUCUUUGCUCCCAGAUAUCAUCAAACUACGCUCAUGUUCAUCCAGCACAGCAUCACUGUCCUCCUCUUCCUUCCUCUGUCUCACAGUUUGAGAGUAAAUGUAUCCUGACAGUGAUGAUGAUGAUGAUGGACUCACACAGCUUUAUUCACUCUCAUCUACAUUCCCUGCACUUUAUUGGUUGUUAUUGUGUGUAAAUGCACAAUUUUCCCCUCCCAGCGGCUGAAUGUGCUGUAAUGCUGGAGACGCGUGUCUGAAAUGAACUUUAUGGCUGACAAGUCAAGACUGACUAAAAGAGUUGAAACAUUUGAGAAACAAUGGACCUCAUGCAAGAACAUUUUAAUGCAUUAUGCUGAUGAUAAAGGACCAGAAACGAUUAUAAAACCAUUAACCAGAGUGAUGUUGUCAGAAGUACUGUUAGCUGUAUGAAAAAUGAGUUUUGAGGCUGAAUAUCAAACUCUAAAGUAGUUUUCUUGUUAAGCAUAAAAAGUGACAUAAUUGUACCCACUCAACAUUUAAAAUGAAGACAGUGCACCCUGUCUUAGAACAAUAUUCCAUUUUAACCUCUUUGAGAAACAAUAGCUUGUUUAUUACCCUUACAGCCACUUAGCAAAUACAUUUGAAUAUAUGACUUAAGGGUCACAUGAAAUUUCUUAAUGCUGUUGAGAUCUGCUAAGCUUACUGGUAUAACUACAAUCCGGUUUAGCUAAGGCUAGCUCUGAUAAUAUUAGCUGGUGCAUCAGCACCUAGCAUUAUAUCCUACUGAGUUAAGUAGUACAUUUAACUAUUGUUUUGUAAUGCAUAUUACAGUUGCAUCAUUGGUGAUUUUAAAGACACUUUAAAUUACAACUUGCAUGAAAAUACCAAAAAUAAGAGAAUAUCUAUUCACAUUUAUGCAAACUAGCAUUAGCCACAGUUUGACUGACUUUUAUCUCUUUCUGUUCUAAACUGGUUUAGCUGCAGUCAAAUGAUCUUUAAACUCAUUAAAAUGAAUGGUAAUUUCCAGAUGACAAACAGGACAAUAUUUAUACCUAUCUCUAUUCAGGCUUUAAGGUUAGCUGCUAUUACAACAGCAGCUAGCUUUUUACUGUUUAAGCCCCCAACCUUAGCAGUGCUAACUACCUAGUUAACCAUCUAUGGAACCUACUAAAAGCUGCUUAGUUAGCUGGUGUUCGCAGGAGUUUAGCUCCUUUAACUUUAUUAUGAACUUAUUAAAAUGGUCUCUGUAACAUAUCAAACUGAACAACCAAAAUGUUAGUCUUAUAAAUUUACAGACAGCAACACAGGGUUUUAACUUUAGCUAAGAUUAGCCUUGGCUAUCUGAAGAUGGCCAUCUGCCUUUGGCUCUCUAAUUGGUUUUCUUUCCAAAGCUGUAAAUGUAUUUAUCACUUACAGUGGGGGGGGGAAAGUAGUUUAAGAAAGAUGAACCAUAACAAUAAGUCCAAAAGUAAAUUUUCUGUUUUACAGCAUUGCCAAGCUAAUUGGUGUUAGCUUGAAGACAUGGUUUGUUUCAAUUGUGUCAUUUCUAUGGAAGGUUGUUUCUACAACUUGAAGGGAGAAAAUCCUAUAAAAAUGAAUAUAAAUCUGUAUUUUUGGUCAUCGCAAAACUUACUGAAUAUUUAUACUUAAAUCUUCAAGUUUGGUAUCACAAAAAUUUUGACUUGCUUAAAAGUAACUUAAUGUCUAACUUGGACAUUUAGACAAAAUUUCAAGAUGCUGAAGUGAAAUUUUGUUGCAAGUUGAAAUUUUUACUUUGUUCAAUCCGGCAGCUUCUUGUUUUGUUUGUUUGUUUUUUCUUUUUUUCAGGGGUGAAAAUAAGCUUCCAUAGAUUGCACAUCUCACAAUGAAAUACAGAAGUAGUAAAAUAUAUUGUUAUAUUUAA